AUGAAAGCAGCUAUACAGCUGAAGAAUUGCAAAAUGCGGUAAGAAAUUUCACUGGUACAGAAUGAAUCAUCCAAGUACUGACUCAGCGAUAGACAAACCAGCUCUGCCAUGUUGGAUCUCGUGCGACUGUGCCACUUUCAAAAUGCGUCGCAGUACAAUAUGCCGAUUUUCUUUGCAGACGCCUGAGAUGUUACAUGGGACCGGUUCUCGAUGGAAGUGUCACGGAUUUUAUCAACAACGCUGAUGUUGAAGAUUAUAGAAAGGAGAAGUUGAUUUGGGGAAGCUCCGUAAACGAGAGGUCCAACCCGUGGAAGGAGAGCUUGGACAAUAUUAUGUUCUAUAUUUGA